AUGACACCAGCAACCAAGCUAUUCCUUGUGCUGGCCUUGGGCCUCGUCCUCGUGGCCACCGCCAUGGCCGACGACAAGAAGAAGCACGACAGCAAGGGGCCGUGCAAGGGCGGCUACUACCCCGACCGCAAGGGCUGCUGCCCGGCGAUCAUCAAGGGCAAGGCCUACUACCGCGAUGGCAGCAAGUGCUACCCCAAGGACGUCGGCUGUGGCGUCUACUACGCUGACGGUCAUGGGUACUACCCGGACGAGAAGGGCAAUUACGCGAAGGACGGUGAGGAGUGCCCGAAGGAGCGCAAGUGCCACGAGCGCUGCAUCCGCCCCGAGCACCACGAGAAGAGCACGACGACUGAGGAGUGCCCCAAGGAGACCACCUCAACCAGGAGGGAGACCACCACCACCGAGAGGCGCACCACCACCCCCAAGCGCACCACCACGACCACCGAGGAGUGCCCCAAGGAGACCACCACGACCAAGAAGCACACCACCACAACCGAGGAUUGCCCCAAGGAGACCACCACGACCAAGAAGCACACCACCACGACUGAGGAGUGCCCCAAGGAGACCACCUCGACCAAGAGGCACACCACCACAACCGAGGAGUGCCCCAAGGAGACCACCUCUACCCGUAAGCACUCCACCUCGACCAAGAAGCACACGACCACCACGGAGGAGUGCCCCAAGGAGACCACGUCGACCAAGAAGCACUACACUACUUCCACCGAGGAGUGCCCCAAGGAGACUACCACGACCAAGAAGCACACCACCACCACGGAGGAGUGCCCCAAGGAGACCACCACCACCAAGAAGCACUACACCACGUCGACCACGGAGGAGUGCCCCAAGGAGACUACCACCACCAAGAAGCACUACACCACGUCGACCAAGAAGCACCACACCACCUCGACAGAGGAGUGCCCCAAGGAGACUACCUCGACCAGGAAGGAGACCACGUCGACCAAGAAGCACCACACCACUUCGACCACUGAGGAGUGCCCCAAGGAGACCACCUCAACCAGGAAGGAGACCACUUCGACCAGGAGGGAGACCACGUCGACCAAGAAGCACACGACCACCACCGAGGAGUGCCGUAAGACCACGACCGAGAAGCCGUGCGACGACGACCACGACAAGGACAACAAGUGCCCGGGCGGCCAGUGGAAGGAUGGCAAGGGCUGCUGCCCGCGCAAGAUCGGCCACCAGUGGUACUACCGCGACGCCCACGGCUGCUACCCGGUCGAGCGCGACUGCGGCGUGUUCUACGCCGACGGCAAGGGCUACUACCCCGACGAGAACGGCCAGUACGCCAAGGCCGGCGAGUACUGCCCCGAGUACCGCAAGUGCAAGCCCGAGUGCGAUGGCGGCUACGGCCACUACUGA